CUCGGUCAACGAAACUGUAGUCCUUCCUCAUCAUGUCUAUGAGGUUUUUAGCUUAUUUACUCUCCACCACUCAAAUCCCAAAACAUAUAUUAAUCACUCAUUCAAAACUAACCCUUUUGUCUCUACAACACAAAAUUUACCCCCAAAAGAAUCUCUUCAGUUUUUUCACUGCUAAGGUAAAAAAAAAAAAAAAGAAAAGAGAGAAUCUUCUCAUUUCAACAUGCCAAGCAAGUUGAGAAAAGCAAUCGGCGCAGUCAAAGACCAAACCAGCAUUAGUCUCGCCAAGGUUUCCAAAAACAAUGCGUCCGCCAUCGAGGUGGCCAUCCUCAAAGCUACCACCCACGACGAAGGCCCAAUCGACGAUCGCUACGUCGCCGACGUUCUCGCCCUCAUCUCCUCCAACAAAGUUCACGCCGCUUCUUGUGCUCGAGCCAUCGGCAAAAGGAUUGGCCGGACCCGUAACUGGAUUGUCGCCUUGAAGUCCCUCAUGCUGGUUCUUCGAAUUUUUCAAGAUGGCGAUCCUUAUUUCCCCCGAGAAGUUCUUCAUGCCAUGAAACGUGGCGCCAAGAUUCUCAAUCUCUCCAGCUUCAGAGAUGACUCCAACUCCAGCCCCUGGGAUUACACCGCAUUUGUCAGGACUUUCGCGCUUUAUCUCGACGAGCGCCUCGAUUGCUUUCUAAAAGCCAAGUUGCAGAGACGUUACACCAACCGGAACCCGGAGAACAGCCGAAGCAGAAGCGGACGACGUCGUUUCGAGCCCGUUCGCGACAUGAAACCCGCCAUGUUGCUCGACAAGAUUUUUUACUGGCAGCGGUUGCUUGACAGAGCCAUCGCCACCAGACCCACCGGAGUUGCUAGAUCGAAUAAGCUUGUCAAGGUUUCUCUCUACGCCAUUGUACAGGAAAGCUUUGACCUUUACAAAGAUAUUUCCGACGGGCUCGCUCUCCUCCUUGACAGCUUCUUUCAUUUACAUUACCAGUCUUGCGUCAAUGCCUUUCAAGCUUGUGUUCGGGCCGCGAAACAAUUCGAAGAGCUCUGUGUUUUCUAUGAUUCCUGCAAGACUAAUGGAGUGGGAAGGAGUUCUGAGUAUCCGAGUGUGCAGAAAAUAUCAGAAGAGCUGGUGGAGACGUUGCAGGAAUUCUUGAAAGAUCAAUCUUCAUUCCCUGCAACCGGGAGAUCACCACCUCCUAAUUUACUUCUUCCAGCUCCACCGCCGUCAACUUCCGAUCGCGGCGAGUCAUGUGAGCUCUCUUCCGAUAUAUUAUCUGAUCUGGGUUCUUACAGAACCUCGUUGGAGGAUCUCAUGAGCGUGGGUACAGACCCGACAACAAGCCCGCCUAUGUCGUGUUACUCCGAACCAGACAAGCAAUCACAGCAAGAAGAUUUUAAUGGCAUCGAGACGGCUUCAAAUCAUUCGCUGCCGAUUGAAGAAGAAUCAAACAUUACCCUCGAUCUCGUCCUGUUUGAAGAUGAUGAUGAUUUCGUUCCACGACAAUACGAACAAGGAUCGGACCAGACUCUCUCGUUGGAAUCGACUAAUGUAAACAGAGAUUGUUGGGAACUUGUUCUUGCAGAAAGCUCAACACCAAAGAUUCAGUCUUCCAACGAGACAGACCCAACAAACAUAUGGGAGCUUGCAUUGAUAGAGAGUUCGGUACAGAAUCAAACUCAAAUUUCACAGGAAUCCGCCAUUGAUGGACCAGAGAACGCCACUGCAGAAGUUGAUUUAUUCAGUAAUCAACCAGGUACGAUGGCGCCUCCUCGCCAGUACAAUCCAUUCCUUGAAGAAGACACCAAUUACAUGCCUCCGGCGGCUCCCACGUUUUUCGCGGCUUUUCCGGCGACGCCGACGUUUCGCGCAGAGUUUCCUGAAACGAGCAUUGAAUUUUCAAACAACGAGGACGACCCAUUUGCUCCUUAUCAUAGUUUUGCGUCGUCGUCAACAUCCGGCGAUUCUGUGCUUCAUAGUGGAUCCGUUGAUCAACAAAAUUUGUUGCAGGAACAGCAGCUGUGGCUGCAGAACCAAAACAAGAUCAUAUCUAAGCACGACUUAAUUAUCUAGUGAAGUAAUCAUGCUAUUUUGUACAUUUUUAAUUGUAUGAUUAACUAUAUAAACUAAUCAAUAGAUAUAAUUUGUUUCGUAUCCAA